AUGGCUACUGUCGUGGACGGGGUCCAUGUGGCUCUUCCGCCACCCGAAGGCUAUCACAUUGAUUUCGAGAAUCCUCAACGAAACGGCGAGACUGCAGCAUACUGUUUGUUCGUUAUUGGCGACUUCAUUUGCCUUUUGUUCAUGUUGCAAAGGCUCUAUGUUAGAGCGGUCAUCCACAGAAUGGUCUACCUGGAAGAUGGCUUUCUACUUGUCGCCUAUAUUUUCUCACUCGUUUGGCAAUCCUUCACCAUCAGUCACUUUAUUCGGGGCACAGCCGGCGUUCACGGCUGGGAAAUCCCUUUCUCCAACUUCGUUCUCUUCCUGCAAGCCGCAUAUCUCCUUGCGAUUCUCUACAACCCCGUCCAAUUCGGCACUAAAAUGGCGCUUUUACUUGUCUACCGGAGACUGACGCCAAGCUAUUGGUUCCAAGUCACAGUUUGGAUCACUGGUUUUGCGGUCAUCGGAUCCUCAGUCGCAACGAUAUUCGCUACUAUCUUCCCUUGUAAACCAGUAAGGGCGGCAUGGGACCUCUCUAUCACGGAUGGAAAAUGCAUCGACAGAAAUGCCGUGUACAAGGCCAAUGCUGCCUCGAGUGCCAUAACAGAUGUUAUGGUGCUCGCUGUUUCGAUCCCGGUGGUAAUACCGCUUCAAAUGCAACUAAAACAAAAAGUCGGAGUGAUAUGCUUCUUUGGCCUUGGUGGAGUAACUGUUUUUACUUCCAUCAUGAGGCUAGUAAUGCUUAAUCAGACGAUGACCAAUCCAGACCAGUCAUGGGCUGGUGUUCCCGUCUUACUUUGGGUG